GAAUCAAAGUUCUCACACAACUUUUGAGUUUUUUCUUUUAGCUUUCUUUAGGUAGCAAUUCUUUCGCAAGUUUAUUUUAGUACGUUAGUAUGAUUUUUGCAAGGAUGGCCUUGAUUCCGCACGGACAAUGGGAGGUGCUGAACAGCACCUCGUCAACAGCCCCCUCCUGGAGGAAGGACCGGUGAACGUGCGAAUCUUUCGCCAGGCGACGUACGGGACGGAAGUCCCCAUGAUUUGCCUGCUGGGCAUGUCCAGCGGGAGGUUGGCCUUGUACGAUGGGAGUACGAACACAGCCAUCAUGUGGAGCAGUUGCGAACUGCCCAUAACUCGGGUGGAGUUCGUCGAUCCGGUGGUACAGCAGCGCAUGGGAGAGCUGUACCAGAUCAUGGGGACUCAAGAGGGACGUUUGCAGUCCCUUGAGCAGCAGCAAGGGCUGAGUGCGAACGCGAUUACGUCGGCACUCACGUCCUUGCAAGUGAGCACCACCUCGGCCUUGGAAAGGCAUGCGUCGGCAGCUGCGUCGGCAGCUACACCUUCGUUGGCGUUCAGCGCGGGCAGGGACGCAAACCUGGCCACGCAACUGCAGGCAGUGAAUUACGGUUGGAUUUGGAGCGGGAGUUGGCACAGCGUGAGCGUGAGAGAGUCGCUCAGGUGGAACUUCGACUGGGUCGGAUGGAACAGUCGACAGGUAGGGAUCCCGCGGAGUUAA